UAUGGUGGUGAAUAAUUGACUUAAUAGGACACUUCGAAAAUUGAACAUUCAUGCGAAAUGAAAAUGUGGAAGAAGCAAAACCAAUCCGUAUUGCUUUUAUUACGACGACACUACUCAAGAAUCUCUCCGCCGCCCCCGGCAGUGGUCCGAAUUACCAAGACUAACAUAGCCUACUUGGGCCGACCGAAGCAGGGUCCGAAGCCACGCCAGCUGCUGUCUUUGCCUCCGUUUCCUGGUGAUAAUCUUCCAGGAAAGAAUUGGGGGCAGCAGGAUCACGUAACAGCCAUCAGUUGGAUCAAGUAUUACUUUGAUGAAGUUCAAGAUUCCAUCAUUCGGGCUCAUUUCAACAAGGGUCUUGUUCAAAUGGAAGGUCCAAAUAUGGAUGAUUCUAUAAUUGAAAACGAAGGACAAAUGAGACCCAUGAAAAAGAUUAAGCCUAAUGAGGUGAUGGAAGUGGGAGCAAGAGUCUUCAUGCCUGUAUCGGUCAUGGAGAGUAGGAUUUUGAAGAGAUUUGAUACUAUACCAAGUGGAACAUUAUAUCCGAAUGCUGAUGAGAUAAAUUAUUUGCAAAGACUAGUGAAGUACAAGGACUCUUCUAUACUUGUGCUAAAUAAGCCCCCAAAAUUGCCUGUCAAGGGUAAUCUGCCUGUUCAUAACAGCAUGGAUGCAUUGGCAGCUGCAGCUUUGUCUUAUGAUUAUGAUGAGGGUCCUAAAUUGGUACAUCGUCUUGAUAGAGAGUCCAGUGGCCUACUUCUGAUGGGGAGAACUAAAGAAAGCAUUUCUCUUUUAAAUUGGUUGUUCAGUGACCUGAAUAAAGGAAAAUCGUCAUCUAAGGCUUGGAAUAGUGCCUGCGAAGCAAUGUAUCAACGGCAUUGGGCAUUGGUCAUUGGAUCUCCCAAGGAAAAGCAAGGGUUAAUUCGUGCUCCUCUUUCAAAGGUGCUUCUCGAUGAUGGUAAGACUGAAAGAAUCAUAUUGGCUCAGCACACAGGUCUUGAGGCUUCCCAAGAAGCCAUUACUGAAUAUCGAGUCCUAGGUCCAAUGAUUAAUGGAUGCUCAUGGAUUGAGUUGCGUCCACUUACUAGUCGGAAGCAUCAGCUCCGUGUCCAUUGUGCUGAAGCCUUAGGUACUCCUAUUGUUGGCGACUAUAAGUAUGGUUGGUUUGUGCACCGGAGAUGGAAGCAAAUGCCUCGUGUUGAUAUUGAGCCUAUGACUGGCAUGCCAUACAAGUUGCGAAGGCCAGAAGGUCUAGACAUUCAGAAGGGAAGUGUCUUAUCCAAGGUCCCCUUGCUACAUCUCCAUUGCCGAGAGCUUGUUCUUCCUAAUAUCUCAAAAUUCCUAGAUGUUCUGGACCAGAAAUCAGAAAAUGUGGAUUCUGUGCUUAGCUCAAAGCCAGAUCUCCUUCGCUUUGUGGCGUCAAUGCCCUCACACAUGAAAAUUAGUUGGAAUUUAAUGUCAUCCUAUUUAGUGUAAGAUUUAGUUGUUUGUAUUGUAGAACCAAGUACUGCUUUUGUGAAGUUUUUGGGGAAUCUGUCAACUAGCAUUGCUGAGAUGGAAUUUCUGGAGCCAAAUUCUUGGGGCAUCAAGUAAUGUUAAUCGUUAUAAAUAGAGCCUUGAUAAUCUUAUCAAUUUGAGUCCUAGAUUAAAGGAGUUUUGAUGAUCCGAAAAUCUAGUCUCGAUUGAACUUUUUUAAUAGUUUAUGUUUAAGUAGGGAUAUAUUGGGGGUUUUUGUAUGAAGUUUUACUUGACUAAGAGAGCAAUUAUGAGAGAGAGUUUGUGAGAUUGGGUUGUAAGUGUAGUAUUACCCUUUCAUUAUAUAGGUCAACAUUGUUUUAAUUAUUUUCUUUAAUGUUAGUUUGCAAUAUGCUAAU